AUGACUCACCCUGCCAACGCGCAGCAGCAUCCCAACGGCAAUGAUACGCCGACCCGCCCGAGGGCUCGAUCCCAGUCUAUGCCACCUCCUUCGGGAAUUACACCGACCCUCCAGAACAUCGUCGCGACCGUCAACCUCGACAUCGUGCUGGACCUGAAGACCGUCGCGCUCCACGCGCGCAACGCCGAGUACAACCCCAAGCGGUUCGCCGCGGUCAUCAUGCGCAUCCGCGAGCCCAAGACCACGGCGCUCAUCUUCGCCAGCGGGAAGAUGGUGGUGACGGGCGCCAAGUCCGAGGACGACAGCAAGCUCGCCAGCCGCAAGUUCGCGCGCGUCAUCCAGAAGCUCGGCUUCAGCGCCAAAUUCACCAACUUCAAGAUCCAGAACAUCGUCGGCUCGUGCGACGUCAAGUUCCCAAUCCGCCUGGAGGGCCUGGCUGUCGAGCACCACAGGUUCGCCUCGUACGAGCCCGAGCUCUUCCCGGGCCUCAUCUACAGGAUGGUGGCGCCGAAGGUUGUGCUGCUGAUCUUCGUCUCCGGCAAGGUCGUCCUGACCGGUGCGAAAGAGCGCGAGGAGAUACAAAAGGCGUUCGAGCUCAUCUACCCGGUGCUCUGUAACUUCCGCAAGACCUAG